AUGGGCAUGGGAUGGAAAGUUCUGAGCGAUGUGAAGCCAUACCUGGCGAUGGUGCUGCUGCAGGUGGGGUUCGCCGGGAUGUACAUCAUCGCCGUGGCGUCCCUCAAGCGCGGGAUGAGCCACUUCGUGCUCGUUGUCUACCGGAACCUCGUCGCCACCGCUGUCAUGGCGCCCUUCGCCCUCUACUUCGAGAGGGGACUGAGGCCAAAGAUGACAAUUACCAUCUUCCUCAAGAUCAUGGGGCUCGCAUUCCUCGAGCCUGUGCUUGAUCAGAACCUCUACUACAUGGGCGCGAAGCUGACCUCGGCGGGGUUCGCGGCCGCGCUGAUCAACAUCCUCCCGGCCGUCACCUUCGUGCUGGCGCUCAUCCUGCGCAUGGAGAAGGUGCGGCUGCGGAGCCUGCACAGCCAGGCCAAGAUCGCCGGCACGGUCCUCACAGUGGCCGGCGCCGUGCUCAUGAUCCUCUACCACGGCCCCGCCGUGCAGUUCCCCUGGACCAAUGGCCAGCACCACGCCGGCGGUGCGGCCGCCGGCGCCGAUGCAGCGGCGUGGCUAAAGGGGACCAUCAUGGUCAUCGCCGCCUGCGUGGCCUGGUCGUGCUUCUUCGUCCUCCAGUCCAGCACGCUCCGGGACUACCCGUCGGAGCUGUCCCUCACGGUGCUCAUCUGUGGUGUGGGCUCGGUGAUGAGCACCGGCGUCGCCCUCGUCGCCGAGCGUGCCAACACCCAGGCGUGGGUCAUCGGCUUCGACGCCCGCCUCUUCACCGCCGUCUACGCUGGCAUAGUGUGCUCCGGCGUGGCGUACUACGUGCAGGGCAUCGUGUCUAAGCAAAGGGGCCCGGUGUUCGUGACGGCCUUCAACCCGCUCUGCAUGAUCAUUACCGCCGUCAUGGGCUCCAUCAUUCUCAAGGAGGAGAUCACUCUCGGAAGUGUGAUUGGUGCAGUGAUCAUCGUGGUAGGGCUCUACUUUCUCAUAUGGGGCAAGAGCAAGGACAAAGUCAACCAAGUCUCCGACGACUUCAUAGCCGGUAGUAGCAAGGGCGCCGGUGAGCUGCCCUUAACCUCGGUGACUAACGGCAACGGCAAGCAGCACGAGCUCGGGGACGGCAAGUUCAACGGCAGCUAUGUGUUGAACGUCGAGACGCCGGCGACCAAUGGCAACUACUAG